GAGAUAAGAUGUCUAUGAUAAUGCGAAAAAGCUCUCAUGACACCAUACACUGUGCGGACACUCAACGUGACAUUGCCCGUACAAGUGCAGUCCUCCUCGAAAUGACAUGGCAAGAUAGCCAGCAGUGCCUAGCAGGAGAGCAAGAUGCCAUUGACUUGACCUGCAGUCCAAACUAUCAACCAGCCACGAUAACAAUACAUUCGACAUGCCGCAUGCCAUCCGCACUACUUCCGUCAACACCCGAGUGCGGCACUAGCGCGCUGCAUGCCCCGAAGAUCGCCCUUCCCCGAACCUUCCCUAACCGGCAACUCAGCCCCCCGCCCAUCGAUCACGGUGCUAAAGUAUGCUUAAGAAGAGUUACAAACCAUAACCUUAUCUUGCCGUCGCGCAGCGUACCGUGCCUUCUGACACCGCUGUCUGUCACCACAUGUGUCACACCGAGCCUCGUUGCUGGUUUGUAGAAGAGCUGCUUGCGACUGAUAGAUAAGCUGCAGCCUUGCAAUCUCUGCGGCGCCGCAUGAGUCCGGAGCAGGUGAUGUUGCGGCUGAACAAGCUGCACGUGGGAGUUACUGUGCUGGAGAGGUCCUGGACCCUAGCUGCGAACGCAAUAUGAGUAUUCCGACCUCGCACUAUCGCAGGCGUACAACUCGAUGCAUCAUUGAACAGUCUGCGCCAGCGUGUUCAGCACUAGAUGUUGGAGUGGUUUGGGUCGUGUGGCCG